UCCUCGCGGCCACCCGUCCUCCCAUCCUCGACGCUAACUUAUUUCGCUGUCAUCGCGCUGUCUAAUCGCUUUCGCUGAUUGUCUGCACUACACGCCUAAUGUGAGCGGAUUAUGGGGCACCGUCAUCAACCAAUAUCAAUAUCUAUACGCGCGUAUCGUAUUGCUCAUGCAUCUCUCUAUCACCUGGGUUAUGCAUCUCUCUACCACCUGGGUCAUGGAACUCUACUAUCACCGGGGUUAUGCACCUUUCUCACUUGGGCCAUCCCUCCCAAUGCCAGGUCCUUUCCGCUGGUUACCAGUUGUCUCUUCGAGGCAGCCGCCUCUCUGAGCCAACCUCCCCAUGCCUGCUAGUAUACUUGACCGCGACCUACAGCUUCCCUACCCGCCGUAAGCCUCCCUACCCCACCGUAAUUCCCCACCUACCUGCUCGCUACACCUGCAUCUCCGCAUUGAUAUAUUCUUACCUAUUGGAUUCGUUUUUGGCCGCUAUUGGAAUGAUCGUGGCUGGCGUUGGAAUCGUCUUGGCUACAAUGUUCGUUUUCACAUCCCUAACCUUUUUGAAUUUGUUGAUGGUGUUGCGCGUUGGCUGCACACCUUUUCUGGCUAUAUCGCACAUCCUUGGACGACCCUGCGAGGGUUCCGUCUGUUCUUUCUACGCGCACUGCCUACAGUGUGCCUAUGGUUCCCUAUGCCCUUUCGAGGCUUCGCAUGCGUAUAUGUAUGCGUGCACCUACUUCUAUGACCCUUACUCAGUAGUCUCGACGGUGCCAAUCCAAAUAGAAAGCCGUGUGAAGUUCCUCUGGAGGCGCAGUAAUAGCAAACAUAUUUUUAUACAAGCAAGUAAGCAGUAGACGCAAUACAGAGGGUACAAUCUACGCAAAGACCCACAAAUCCUGCACCACGCCACCCUCCAUCGUCGGGCGGUCUUCCUGGACGACCGGGAAGAGCCUCUCCAGGUCCUUCCCGAUGUCGAGCGCGAGCGCGGGCUCCUUCUUGAUCUUGCGCUUGGCCUCGGUCUCGAAGAGCUAAGGGAUGAUGUGUAAGUAACUCAUUUAGAAGGACGAAGGUUGGGACGACGAAGGAGCAGGGAAGAGGGGUUAAAGGAGAAGGAUGUUAUAGCUUGCUC